AUGUCCCUCUACUUCGAUGCAGUCGCAAUCCUGACAGCCCCCUCGUCAGGAGGCUCAUUCAAAUCCCGCAUCUACAGCGCCAGGAACCUACGAGCUUCCCCAGCCCAAAUCUACGCGCUAACCACCGAAGCCGCAAAAUGGGAUACCGUACUAGCAGAUGUGAUUGACAAAUCGGGGAUCUUGGCUCUAGAGCGAAAGCUCUCGCCUCUUCUGGCCCUCCUACUAGUUCACGAUCACUUGCUCGCGAAAAAAGGCAUUGCUGCACCCGCAACGCAUACACUCCGCCAAGCCGUCGAGCGACACAAAGCCCGACUCAAGGCCGAGUUCACGAAAGCACGUGUCCGCUACGGCUGUGCCACGGUCCAAGAAUUCAAAGCUGCCGUGAUUCGAGAGAAGAGAGUCGCAGAUGGGACGAGCCAUUUCGUCUACCCGCGGUGGGUGCGAAUUAACAAUGUUCGCACGACGCUAGAUGAACAGCUUGAGACGACUUUCAAGGCGUAUCGGCGGGUAGAGACGUUGGCUGAAUUGGCGACUGAGGAGGAAGGCAAGCCUGAGCCACGACUGUUUAUUGAUCCUAAUAUUCCUGAUUUGGUGGCUGUGCCUUUUGGUGCGGAUUUUACCUCUUCGGCUGCGUAUAAGAAUGGUGAAAUUAUUCUGCAGGAUAAGGCUUCGUGUUUCCCUGCGUAUCUUCUUUUGGGGGAUCGGGGUGCUGAGGAUGCCUGGGAAGGCGAUUUGGUUGAUGGGUGUGCGGCGCCGGGUAAUAAGACUACGCAUUUGGCUUCUUUGUUGGCUAAGCAGCAGAAGGGGAAGGCCAAGAGUGAUCAGAUGAUUUAUUCCAUGGAUGCAUCGACGAUGCGCUCCAAGACUCUGCAGAAGAUGGUUGGUCUUGCGGGGGCUGACUCUGUUACUGUAUUGCAGGGUCAGGAUUUCCUGGCUCUUGACACGGAGGAUGAGCGUUUUGCGAACGUCACUGGUUUGCUUCUGGACCCCAGUUGCUCGGGUAGCGGUAUCAUCGGCCGUGACGACGUUCCUCAGUUCACAUUACCUACCUCACAGUCCAAGGGUCCCAAGUCGCAUGGCAAGAAGCGCAAGCGCGAGGACGAAGAGGCCAUCGAAUCAAAGGCUACUCCUGGAACAGCACAGGCCGCUCCCACUGACGAAAAUGAUAUCGCCGAUGGUGUCGACCCGGAGCGUCUGACUAAAUUAUCCAGCAUUCAAGCAAGGAUUGUCGAGCACGCUCUCGGCUUUCCCAGUGCUACACAUGUCACGUAUAGUACCUGUUCAAUUCAUUUGAUCGAGAACGAGGGUGUGGUGGAGCGCAUUUUGAAUACCAAGGUUGCCAAGGAGCGUGGUUGGAGACUCCUCCGACGUGACGAGCAGCCUGAUGGCUUGCGCCGAUGGAGCAAGCGUGGUGUUCGUGAGGAAAAGCCUGCUGAAGGCGAAACUGGGCCUUCUGGGUCGGUGAAGCUUUCCGACGAGGCAUUGGAGGCUUGCAUUCGGUCCUGGCAAGGUGAUGCGGAGGGUCUUGGUGGAUUCUUUGUUGCUGGCUUUGUCCGCGAUCCUACCCUUGCUACAGUUGCCCUAGUAGAGACCGAGGACGAGAACGAAAAGGAUGAAGGGACUGAAGCCGCAACCGCCGAAGAGGAAUACGAAGACGAGGACGAAGAGGACUGGGGUGGCUUCUCGGAUUAG